AUGAGGAUGGCAACGAUGACUUCAAUCGAUGAGAAACCCCCUGCUGAUGACCGUAUCGAGGAUAUCGCGGCGAAGAGCCCUUCCAGCGACGAUGAUGAUGAGUUCACUCCCCAGGAACAGAAGAAGAUCAUUCGACGAAUUGAUCUGCGUCUGGUGACCAUGACUGGAUUGGCUUAUUGCGUCUCGCUCAUGGACCGGACGAAUCUGAGCAUGGCUGCCGUUGCAGGGUAUGACCACAGUCGUGAAGGAGAAUUGUAUGCAACGAUGUCCAUUAUCGUCCUGAUGUUCUUCGUGCCCUAUAUUAUCUUCCAGCCACCGAUGACGGUUAUUAUUCGAAAAGUUGGCCCAACCUAUUUCCUGUCCUCGAUUAUUGUAUGCUGGGCGGGGAUCAUGAUUGGAAUGGGAUUCGUCCAAGACUGGGGCGCGUUGGUCGGAACGCGUGUGCUUCUGGGUGUGCUGGAAGCUGGUUAUUUCCCCGGCUGCGUCUACUUGCUAUCUUGCUGGUAUACCCGAUAUGAUGUCCAAAAGCGAUUCUCCGUUUUCUAUCUCAUUGGAUGUGUCGCUUCUGCUUUGGCGGGUAUCCUUGCCUUUGGUCUGAUGCAAUUGCACGGAAGGGAGGGUCUGACCGGCUGGAGAUGGAUUUUCAUCCUCGAGGGUGUGAUCACCGGCGUCAUUGGCAUCCUGUGCUAUUUCUUCCUCGUCGACUUCCCUGACCGCGCGCACAAGUCCUGGCGCUUCCUAAACGAGAGAGAAUGCGCAUUCGUCGUCCGUCGCAUUAACAAGGACCGAAACGAUGGUGAUAUGGAAGCCUUCUCUCUCAAGAAGUUCCUAAAACCCGCAAUGGAUCCUAAGAUCUGGGGCUUUGCCAUGAUCUUCUUCUGUCUCACUACCGUCACUUACGCGAUUGCCUAUUUCCUACCCAUAAUCCUCAUGACCGGAAUGGGCUACGGUGUCGGUGAAGCCCAAUGCCUUGUCGCGCCACCCUACGGGUUCGCAGGAAUCGUCAUGUACGGCACGGCCUGGGUUGGCGACAAGUACCGCAUGCGCGCACCGAUUCUAAUUUUCAAUGCCCUGCUCGCUAUCAUUGGCCUGCCAAUGAUGGGAUUCGCUAAGAGCGAUGCUGUCCGCUACGUCGGCGUGUUCUUCACUGUCGCCGGUGCCAACGCUAACAUUCCAUCCUGCAUGGCAUAUCAGGCGAACAAUGUGCGCGGACAGUGGACGCGUGCUUUCUCUAGUGCUACACUUGUAGGCUUUGGAGGUCUCGGUGGUAUCGUGAGUAGCUUGGUGUUCCGGGAAAAGGACGCACCCGGGUACCGACCGGGAAUGUAUGCUGCUAUCGCAUGUAACAUUCUCAUCAUCUUGUUGGUUCUUGCUUUGAGUGCGUGGUUCCGGUUCUGUAAUAAGCAGGCGAAUCGGGGAAAGCGGGUCAUUGAGGGCGAUGCGUCUUUCCGGUAUACGAUUUGA